AUGACCGUCUUCAUGGCAGUCGCUUUCCAUCACAUUAGUUUGAUAUGUCAGCCAAUUCUGAUACUUGGCGCUCUGGCAUCUCCUGCGAUUGCCACAGCUACCACUUUUGCUAUACUGGGAUGGUUAAAGUUCCCAUUCAAUUCCAUCAUGUGUAUCACACCAUUUCUGGUCAUGGGAAUUGGUGUCGACGAUGCCUUCCUUCUGCUGCAUUCAUGGCGCAAUCAUGGUCAUCUGGAAAAGAAAGAACGUAUGCGUAUGGUUGUGCACGCAGUUGGGCCAUCAAUGGCAAUCACGUCUGCUACGAACACUCUUGCCUUUGGCAUCGGGAUCGUAUCGCCAUCACCGCAGAUGAGCGCUUUCUGCCUAUGCACUUGUAUUGCCAUCUUUCUGGAUUUCAUCUUCGAGUUCCUUAUUUUCGGGUCAAUGAUAGCGAUAUUCUACAAGGAAAGAGAAGUCAAGCACGAAUUGCUGGACAACCUCGUUUCAUGGGAGAGCUAUACCAAGGUUCUACUUUCCCCACUUGGCCGAGCCAUCGUCAUAGCUACAACUUUAGUCAUCUAUUGUCUUGCGUUUAUCGGUAUUAACGGGAUGAAAACCGUAUUUGAUCCGACAAAAACCUUCCCAACUGAUUCCAUUCUCACCCCGUCAUUUGGGAAAUUCGAAAAAAUUCAAAGUGAGUAUUAUCCGAUCAAUUUCAUCAGCUUGGUGCCAGCAUUGGAGGAUGAGGCUGGGAAAAAGAAAUUCUUCGAAAUGAUUGGACGACUUGAGCAUGGGGAUGGAUGCUACGGACCUGAACGUACGCAGCUAAUGCUUCGAUACUUCAUCGAGUGGGGAGAAGCUCAGAACAUCACCAAUCUCACCUACGACGAUCUUCCUAGGUUCCUUUCCAAUCGAAAUAUUGGAGAUGAGACAGUUAUUCAUUACAAAAAUAACAACUCCACAAUGAGUGGCGAGGGUGCUGGAGCCCGCAUGAGCCAAAGGAUUACUGGCGACUUGUUCAGGCUCGCUGUGGAAGGAUGGCCAGGUGAAUUGGAUUGGAACAAGAGAGCGAUGCAAAUCGAUAGGAUCAGAGGGCUAAUCGAUGAGUAUCCACAAUUCCAAACAAGUCUUUUCGACUAUGACAGCACAAUCUACGAUAUCAUUAUUACUGUCAAGGGUGAAAUGGCGAAGUCCGUGGCGAUCACGUUUGCAUGCAUGACGGCAACCUGCGCUAUUAUGAUUCCAUGCCUCGCAGGAGCAUCGGUCGCUACUCUUUCAAUGCUUUCCAUUUCAUACUGUACGUUUUGA